CAAACUACUCAAAAUAUAAGAGCAUUCUUUCUCUACACACUAAAAACACACUGAAAUGGGGAUAGAAUGUGAAUCCAAGAGAAGGUAUGCAUUACUGUUAGCAGCAAGAGACUCAGAAUAUGUGAAGAAGGUGUACGGAGGGUAUUUUAAUGUGUUUGUUGCGGCUUUUGGGGACGAUGAAGAACAAGAAGAGAAGUGGGAUAUGUACCGGGUUGUAGAUGGGGAGUUCCCUGAUAUGAAUGAGCUUGAAAACUAUGAUGGGUUUGUUGUGAGUGGAAGCCCUUAUGAUGCUUAUGGAGAUGACAAUUGGAUUCUUGAACUUUGUCAUCUUUUGCAAACCCUAUAUUCCAUGCAAAAGAAAGUCCUUGGCAUUUGCUUUGGCCACCAGGUUUUGUGUAGGGCAUUAGGAGGAAAGGUCGGAAAAUCAGAUAGUGGUUGGGACAUUGGCCUAAGGAAAGUGAACAUUGUCAAAGAUUUCUCCCCUUGCAGCUUUCUGGAAACUUUCAUUGAGACACCCCCAGCUCUCAUCAUCAUUGAGUGCCACCAAGAUGAGGUGUGGGAGGUGCCAACGGGAGCACAAGUGAUAGCAUUCUCUGAUAAAACAGGAGUCGAAAUGUUCACAAUUGGGGAUCAUAUUCUAGGGAUUCAAGGUCAUCCAGAGUACCCCAAAGACAUUUUAAACAAUCUUAUAGACCGCCUUCUCAAUCAAGAUUCCAUUGAGACUGAACUAGCUAAUGUUGCAAGGUCAAAGCUGGAAACUGCAGAUCCAGAUAACAAGUGCUGGCAAGAAAUAUGCAAAGCAUUUCUUAAGGGUUACUGGAACCCAUAUUUAAGUAUUGAACAAUGAAGAUGUAUGUAAUACUUCCUUGAUGUUAACUACGUAGUGUUUCAAACAACCCCCUACCCUCAAAAAAAAUGUCUUAUGUGAUCUUGCCUUUCUAGUAAGAAUAAGCUUGAAAUGUAUUGUGAAUUGUGAUAUACAUGUGUAAUAAUAUAUAAUACAUGAAUACAUCCAAAGUCUUUAUUCA